AUGUCAUUUUGGUCGACCGUAUUUGUAUCAUGGGCGCUUCGGAGUGUCCGCGAGUCGCUGAUACAAGUUGAUCCUCUGGCCGCCGCUCUCGCUCACCAGGCACGGAAAGCGAACGCGGCUGUACCGGCGGUGUCGCGUACACCACUGCUCCUACAGUUCACGCCAUUUGGACCGCCACCAAGUGCAUAUCGGAAACUUGAUAAAUCUGCCCUAAUUUGUAAUAUGUUUUAA